AUGCCACUCAUCAAGCUCUACUUCACUCCUGCGCUGCUGCUCCUUGUGCUCACCUGUCCCCAGGUCAGCCAGUCUGUGCCAGUGACAGAAACCUGUGUUUUAAACGUACAGACGCUUCUACACAACAUCACUGACAUACUCACACAGAAUAAACUGUUCAGUGGAAUCAACUGCAGCAAGCAGAGCGUGGAGCUGAACAUGGAGACUAACACGCCAUCUGUGUGUUCACCAAAGGAAUCCACAUGCUCAGGAAUAAUCAAGUCAGAAUUUGAUCAGGAGUCAUGUCUGACAAGCAUCGGGGAGGAUCUGAAUUACUACUAUAAAUUCCUCGCUGCUCAGCCGGACCCUGAGAGGUUACUGGCUCAAACUGAUCUGUUCAGGCUCAGAGAUAUCAUGGAGAACUGCUUCACAAUGUCUCUGCCAACAGACCUGGCUUCAAAGGAGGCUGCUGCAGAGCGUCCAAGCACCUACGAUGAAAGACUGACCCUCUGCAAAGUGCUGAAGGGCUUCCAGAUCCGCACCAUCACAAUCAACAGAGCCAUUGCAUACAUGAACUCUGGUGAACACACCAGUUAG